AUGAAUUUAAAUGACAAGGAUAUUGAGUAUUUAUUGGACUUUGACUUGCCAAGUGGUUCAGAGGCUAGUUUUUGUGACAGUGACGACGGUAAUAAUGAUUCUGACGGUAAUGAUGAUAAUGCAUUGUAUGAACAAAAUUACAAUGAUACUGAGGAAAUUGUACAUCCGACCCCUCAACCUAUUGAAGACUUCCUGGGAAGAGAUAACCAAUUCACAGACUCAGUUCCUCCUUUUAUUGGUAGUGAAAGAGUAAAUAUUGACACAAAUGAUAGGGCUACCCCUUAUUCCAUUUUUAUUCAAAUAUUUACUGAUGAAUUAUUUGAACUAAUAAAAGUUGAAACCAUAAGGUACACUGUUCAAUGUGGGAAAGACAAUUUUACCUUGUCCAUCAAAGAAUUAAAAUUUUUUUUUGCUAUCAAUAUAGCUAUGACCUAUAUAAAAUACCCAAACGUGCGGAUGUAUUGGUCUUCACAAGAAGGUUUGAGAAUGAAUUUGAUAGCAGAUGCCAUGUCUUAUAAUAGAUUUUCUGAAGUGAAGAGAUAUAUUCAUUUUGUGGACAACAGUGACCAGCUUAAUACUGUCGACAAAUAUUGGAAAGUUCGAUCUGUCAUAGAUAUUUUGCAUGAGUCUUUUCAUGAAGCUACUUCAACUAGUGAGCACAUUGCGAUAGAUGAAAUGAUGGUGCCAUUCAAAGGAAAGAGUUAUCUAAAACAGUAUUUAAAAUCUAAACCCAAGAAAUGGGGUUUUAAAAUAUGGGUUCAAGCUAGUACAAAUGGGUAUGUACACUGUUUUGAAAUGCACCAAGGCGCAUCAAUUUCAAAACGUUCAGAAUUUGGUCCAAUUGGUGAUACUGUGAUAAAUAUUUGUCAUGCAAUUCAUGGAAACAAUCACAAACUGUUUAUGGACAAUCUGUUUACAUCUGUUCCACUGUUAAGAAAAUUAAGAUCAUUCAAUAUAUAUGUCUUAGGAACACUUAGAAUUAAUAGAGUACAUGGUAUUGAAAAUAAUUUAGUUUCUGAUAAAUUGAUGGAAAGAGGUUCUUGUUCCAUUGCUACUUCAGACGAUAACAUAACAGUAGUUCGUUGGAAAAAUACCAAAUUGGUACAUACAAUAUCCACAUAUGCAGGAGCUAUACCUGAGGAUACAACAAUGCGUUAUGAUAGGAAAGAUAGAAAAAGAAUUGAAGUUACCAGACCUUUUAGUAUACAAGAAUAUAAUAAAUUCAUGGGUGGGGUGGACCUAAUGGACCCAUCAUUAGUUCUGACAAUGCUUCAAAUUGGCAAACAUAGUGGGCCCAAAAGAGGAAGAAAGUCACUGUCACAGACACCACCAACAAAAAAAAGAAAGUUCCAGUCCCUGAAGUGCGAUAUGAUGGUAUAA